ACAUUCUCAACAGUUCCACGGCCUUCAGCGGGGUUUUCCUCUCUUUAAACCCUCAGGCUAAUCCUUCCUUCCUGCAUGACCACCGCUUCCCUGCUUCACUGUCUAUAGCCUCGCAGAUCCUAUUUUCCCUCCUCCGAAGGCGAAAACAAAGAAGUUCCUCCCCAUGUUGUUUCGAACCGCGGCAGCCAGAUUCGCAAGGUCUGCCCCAGCGGCAGUGCGCCGCCGGAUCUCAGCUUCCGGCGCUUCACCAUGCCUUUUCUUGCCUGAGCUGGAAUCUGCCGCAGCCUUCCGCGGUGUAGUUCCGUUAAUGGGGGUUAGAGUAUUGGCCGCGGCUCCGGGCUCUUGUGCGGAGAAAUGGUUCUUCUUUCGUCGUUACCACUCGCCUUCGCAGUCUGGUUAUGGAAGCUCCUCCCAGAUUAAUCAGGGUGAAUUCACUGAAAUGGCAUGGGAGGCUAUUAUUGGUGCUGUAGAUGCUGCAAGAACGAGUAAACAACAAGUUGUGGAGACUGAACAUUUGAUGAAAGCCCUUUUGGAGCAGAAAGAUGGUUUGGCUCGAAGAAUAUUCACGAAGGCUGGUGUUGACAAUACUACAGUUUUACAAGCAACAGAUCAGUUUAUCUCUUCACAGCCGAAGAUAGUUGGUGAUACUAGUGGGCCAAUUGUGGGACAGAAUCUAGUCUCUCUUCUGGACACCUCAAAGAAGUAUAAAAAGGAAUUUAGUGAUGACUUCUUGUCAGUAGAGCACCUCAUAUUGGCAUUGUUCUCAGAUAAGAGAUUUGGGCAGCAGUUGUUCAAAAACAUUGGUUUGAGUGAGAAAGAUCUAAAGGAUGCUGUAUUAGCUGUACGAGGAAGUCAAAGAGUUACAGAUCAGAAUCCUGAAGGAAAAUAUCAAGCGCUAGAAAAGUACGGUAAUGACUUGACUGAACUUGCCAGGCGUGGUAAACUAGAUCCUGUCAUAGGCCGCGAUGAUGAAAUCCGGCGCUGUAUCCAGAUACUUUGUAGGAGAACCAAAAACAAUCCUGUGAUUAUUGGAGAGCCUGGUGUUGGAAAGACUGCUAUUGCUGAAGGAUUAGCUCAAAGAAUUCUUCGUGGAGAUGUUCCCGAACCUCUGUUGAAUAGAAAGUUGAUCUCUUUGGAUAUGGGGUCAUUGCUUGCGGGAGCCAAGUUUCGUGGGGAUUUUGAAGAAAGAUUAAAGGCUGUUCUGAAAGAAGUUACGUCUUCUAAUGGACAGAUUAUAUUAUUCAUCGAUGAGAUUCACACAGUUGUUGGUGCAGGAGCUACUGGUGGAGCAAUGGAUGCUGGCAACUUGCUUAAACCAAUGCUAGGUAGGGGAGAGCUCCGCUGUAUUGGAGCAACAACACUGACUGAAUACAGGAAAUAUAUUGAGAAGGACCCUGCUUUGGAAAGGAGAUUUCAGCAGGUUUAUUGUGGUCAGCCAUCUGUGGAAGAUACAAUAUCUAUCCUACGCGGACUUCGCGAGCGUUAUGAAUUGCAUCAUGGUGUUAAAAUAUCAGAUAGUGCUCUGGUCUCAGCUGCUGUUCUAUCAGACCGUUAUAUUACCGAUCGAUUCUUGCCUGACAAAGCCAUUGAUCUUGUUGAUGAAGCCGCUGCUAAGCUGAAGAUGGAAAUAACAUCUAAGCCUAUUGAAUUGGAUGAGGUGGAUAGAGCAAUACUUAAAUUAGAGAUGGAGAAGCUUUCAUUGAAAAAUGACACUGAUAAAGCUUCAAAGGAACGGCUCAGCAAGCUGGAAGCUGAUCUUGAAGUACUAAAACAAAAGCAAAAAGAACUUUCUGAGCAUUGGGAGAAUGAGAAGAACCUAAUGACUCGAAUACGUUCAAUUAAAGAGGAGAUUGAUCGAGUGAACUUAGAGAUGGAAGCUGCUGAACGUGAGUAUGACUUGAACCGUGCAGCUGAGCUCAAAUAUGGCACACUUAUGUCCCUUCAGAGACAGCUUGAGGAAGCUGAGCUUAAACUUGAAGAAUUCCGGCAAUCAGGGCAUUCUAUGCUUAGGGAAGAGGUCACUGACAUUGAUAUUGCUGAAAUUGUGAGCAAAUGGACUGGCAUCCCAAUCUCCAACCUUCAGCAGUCAGAGAGGGAUAAGCUGGUUUCAUUGGAAGAGGUUCUUCAUAAGAGGGUCGUCGGCCAGGAUAUCGCCGUAAAGUCUGUGGCCGAUGCCAUACGCAGAUCAAGAGCUGGGCUUUCGGACCCCAAUCGUCCCAUAGCAAGCUUCAUGUUCAUGGGCCCCACUGGUGUUGGUAAAACUGAGCUUGCUAAAGCACUUGCAGGCUACCUUUUCAACACGGAGAACGCUCUUGUGAGGAUUGACAUGAGUGAAUACAUGGAAAAGCAUUCGGUUUCUCGCUUGGUCGGUGCUCCACCUGGUUAUGUUGGCUAUGAAGAAGGGGGACAGCUAACUGAGGUUGUGAGGAGGCGGCCUUACUCUGUUGUCCUCUUUGAUGAGCUUGAGAAGGCACACCAUGAUGUUUUCAACAUUCUAUUGCAGCUACUAGAUGAUGGAAGGAUCACUGAUUCACAAGGCAGGACCGUUAGUUUUACAAAUACUGUCGUAAUAAUGACAUCUAAUAUAGGAUCACAUUACAUCCUUGAAACUCUACGCAGCAGCCAUGAUACUAAAGAAGCUGUUUAUGAGCUAAUGAAGAAGCAGGUAGUUGAGUUGGCUAGGCAGACAUUCCGACCAGAAUUUAUGAACCGAAUCGAUGAAUAUAUUGUUUUCCAGCCACUUGAUUCCAAAGAAAUCAAUCGUAUUGUGGAGUUACAGUUAAAUCGUGUGAAAGACAGGCUCAAGCAGAAGAAAAUUGAUCUGCAGUACACUAAAGAAGCAGUUGAGUUGCUGGGUACCUUAGGCUUUGAUCCUAACUUUGGAGCAAGGCCUGUAAAAAGAGUUAUUCAACAAAUGGUGGAGAACGAGGUUGCUCUUGGACUGCUGAGAGGAGAGAUUAUGGAGGAAGAAUCAAUUUUGAUUGAUGCCCUGAAGGCCAAGCUGAUCAUCAGGAAAUUGGAGAAUGGAUCAUCAGGUGAAGUGCUAGUAGCUAAUCACUAAGAUCUUUUCAAUUUUUGCUGCAGUUUACCUUUUACUGGAAGAAAAUGAGAACAGUUUUUGUUUUGUAGAUAUAGACUGGACUUCAGAAUGCUAAUGUAAUGAUAUUGUAAUUAUCAAUUUGGCCAUCUAUUAUAGAUGUUUUUAUAAAAAAAAAGCUCUUGUUAA